CCAUGCAUGCAGUCCGAUCUCUCUAUGGGAGGAGGCACUACUGGCCACAUUUUUUUCUGUAUUUUUUUUCUCUUUACAUUCCUGCUUACGUUUGGUUGUCUCGGCUAAUUUCCGCAUUCCCAAAUCCUUUCAGAUUUGGAUUACUUUGAAACGGGCUGAUGCAACGAUUUCCACUUUUUAAAAUCUAUUCCAGACCAUCGGCCGACCAUAAGAGAGGACAUUUUUCGCACCUGGGAUCAAAGUCAGCUGUGGUUAAGACCGAGGCUGACACGAUGCCAGGUCAGAUCCCAGACCCCUCUGUGACGGCGGGCUCCCUGCCGAGCCUGGGGUCCCUGGCGGGACUCUCGGCCACCACGCUGACAGACCAGCUCCGCUUCGGUGACCUGCAGGACUUUGGGACCAUGCUUUCCCCGCUGCACUUCCUCGACAAGCUGGGGAAGGGGACCCUCUCCAUCAAGGCCGAGAGGGACGACGAGGUGGACCGUCGAAAACGGCGGCGAGAGAAAAACAAAAUGGCUGCAGCGCGAUGUCGAAACAAAAAGAAGGAGAGGACAGAUUAUCUACAAAUGGAGUCGGAGCGGUUGGAGAUGAUGAACUCUGACCUCAAGUCUCAGAUCGAGGAGCUGAAACACGAGCGGCAGCAGCUGAUCCUCAUGCUGAACCGACACCGGCCCACCUGCAUCGUCAGGACCGACAGCGUGAAGACCCCAGAGGGUGAGGGGAAUCCGCUCCUGGAGCAGCUGGGAGCCGAGUGAGGCUCCCGGGGGCCGAGUGAGGCUCCAGGGGGCCAAUGAGGCUCCAGGGGGCCAAGUGAGGCUCCAGGGGGCCAAGUGAGGCUCCAGGGGCCAAGUGAGGCUCCAGGGGCCAAGUGAGGCUCCAGGGGCCAAAUUAGGUUCCUUGGGGCAAAGUGAGGCACCUGCAGGCAACCUCCAGGAGGCGGUGGGCGACUACAUGCACACGUGGCGAAGGGUAAACAUGCAAUGCGUUCCCCGCCACCAUCACAGAGCUCUUAAACCCUGAUGUCAAUCAAUCAAGUCAGACACUUGAAACUCUCCCUCUCUAUCUCGAUCCGACUCUCGAUCUCUCUCUUUUCUCUCUGCCGCAGAACAGGAGUAUUUGCAAUAAUUUUAUGCAAACCGCAUAUAUGAGAGAGAGAGAGAGAGAGAGAGAGAGAGAGAGAGAGAGAGAGAGAGAGAGAGAGAGAGAGAGAAAUACAUUUCUAGGUCACAUCACAUUUCCUGGUAGAGAUAAUCACACGAUUAUUGUUAAGCAUUUGAUGGUUGAAAUGUUUUUUUGUUGUGGUCAUCAUUAUUGUUUUGGACGCAGGCGUCACAUAUGCACAUAUAUGUUUAUUUACAGACUGUUGUACUUGUAAUUACUUUGACUACAUUGAUAUAUUCUGUUAUUCCGUUUUUUAUACUUUUGUAUUUUGUCAUGUAGGCUAAACAUUUAAGCAGUCACACAUUGUGGUGUUUUGUAUUUCUACAAGAAAUAAAUGUAUAGGGUUCUUUAUAUUUCC